CGGAUUUUGUCUAAUUUUCUAUUUUGACAUAGUGUAUUAUUCAUUGGUGAAACGUAAGGGCCUUACAAGUCCUUCAACAUAAAUUUAAUAUCUCCUAUUAUAAAAUACUUCCAUAAAAAAGUUGCCAUAUUUUACCAAUGAGUACGGACCUUAAAAGUAUAGAAAUGGUUGAUUGUAUGAAAAGGCCUAUUUUAGACAUUUAAUUGCAAAAAUAAAUAGUGUUAUCAACUAUCGGAGUGUUUAAGUGAUGAUACAAUGAAUAAAUAAUAACGGUGCAUGUUUCACACUGUGCAGAUCAGUAACAAAUGAAAAAUGGCGCAAAGUUCACACGGGGGCAGCCACCGCCGCAGCCGGGAGCCAGACCUGCGGUACUCCACCACCGACUGGGAGGCCAAAGAGGCCCUAAUACAGAGGGAGCUCGACGAGGCCAGAGCCCGGGCCACGCAGAUGGAAAAAACUAUGCGCUGGUGGUCAGACUGCACUGCUAACUGGAGAGACAAAUGGAGCAAGGUCCGCAACGAAAGAAAUAAGGCCAGAGAAGAAGCAAAACAACUGAAGAUCAAAGUAGACGCUUUAAGCAAAGAACUCUCCAUGCUCAAAGCGGAAAAAACUAAUCUAGGCCAACAGUUAACCGAUGUUAUCAAAGACAACGAAAAGUUACUAACUAUCGGUGAAAGCAGAAUAGUCUCCGGAGAACUCACUACUGAAGACGGAGUUGAAUUAAGAAGGAAAGGAUAUGUCUCUCCGAAUGAACCUAGACAAAGAGCAUCAUUAGACUCGCACAAAUUCUCAAAUGUAGAUAAUGUUUUGGCUAGUAAACUAAGCGAAAUGAGAUUGAGGUUAGAUGAGACUUGUAAAAGCUUACAGAUGGAGAAAGAUCAGAAGGCAUUUCUUCUAGCUAAAGUAGAAACAUUGACCGCUGAAAUAAAUAAUAUGAAGAUGCAAGAGACUCAUAAUGAUAGGACGUUAGGAUCGACGGAUUCUAGUCACAGUGAGGUGGAACGGCUUCAGAAUGAGUUGCAGGAUGAGGUAGCGGCCAAGCAGACGCUGGAAGAGAAGAUAGCGGAGCUGAAAAUGGAGAUUGAGAAACUGAAAUCGGAGAACACGAUACAGUGGAGUAAGAGGGAGUUGAUGGAGACAGAAAACAUUGCGAUACUCAGGGAGAAUAAGAAACUUUAUAGUCAGGUUGUUGAACUAAGGGAGCAGAUACACAAACUAAACCGGAUCUCAGACGGCAGCGCCUACGGCACCACCUUUGACUACAGAUUGGACUCCGACUACCACAGAAAAGCAAGCGGAAGCCCCCGGUCCCAUGAAAAAUCAAGAGACUUCAAAUUCAACGAAUACUCUAGGUUAGACCCAAAUCUCUACGAUGACAAGAAACACAGCAGCCGCUCACAUUCAAGCAACGAUUCUUCGGAGGCUAAUUUUCAGAAAACUGAUGAUGAUUUAGCCAUAUUAGAGAAAAGUGAGAAUUAAAAUAAAUUUACCUUUUUUGAGUCCCGAUGAUUUUUUGACAGUUGAGAAGGAAAAGUCAAAUGUGACAGGAAUUUUAAAUUGACUUUUUUUGCGGGGUUAUAAGGUUGACUGUUGAGGUUUUAUGGCGUUAGUCGUAAACGCGUUACUGGCCAGAGCGGCUACCGCGAAAACCGAAAUUCGCAAAUUGCGGGGAUCUUUCUCUUUUACUCCAAUGAAGGCGUAAUUAGAGUGACAGAGAAAAAUCCCCGCAAUUGACGAUUUUCGGUAUUGGCGGUAGCCCUACUGAAUUAGCUAUGAAUCGUUUGUCUUUAUCUGUCAUUUAGACUUAUGUAUUUGUAAGAAAGGAAUAAAACAUAAUUUAACUAAAUCAAGCCGGAAAAGUUUUAUGAAUAAGGGAUAAGGGGGUUAAUAUCUUAGAGCAUUUAAUAACCGGAGUCGCCUUUAAGAGCUUAACCCUCUGCCGAAACCUUGCACAAUAGGGAGUAUUACUGCAAUGUUUUGCCGCCAGAGUGCAGCACUAAUUUGUUUAGUAA